UUGAGAAAUAGAAUCAUUUUAAUUCAUUGUCAACGUGACGAGAUUAAUGGAUUCUUCAUCUUCCUCAUCAUCAUACUCAUAUUCACAAUAUCAUGAUCAUGAUCUUGGUUUCAAUGAGAAUGACACUGAGGACAUGCUUCUUCUUAAUGUUCUAUCCGAAGCCAAAGAAGAUUCAUCAUCUAAUAAUAUUCACGAAGAAACUAAUGAAGGAUCAUCAAAAGAAGUGGCUACUAGUUAUAGAGGUGUAAGAAGGAGGCCAUGGGGUAAAUACGCGGCUGAAAUAAGGGAUUCAACUAGAAAUAGUGUUAGGGUUUGGUUAGGGACAUUUGACACUGCUGAAGAAGCUGCAUUGGCUUAUGAUCAAGCUGCAUACGCGUUGCAUGGGAGAGUGGCGGUGCUAAAUUAUCCAGUGGAGAUGGUGUAUCGAUCGUUGAUGGAGAUUGAUUGUAGAUUUGAAGAUGGAUGUUCACCUGUUUUAGCUUUGAAGAAAUGGCAUUCUAUGAUGAAAAAGGGUAAUAAUAAGAGUAGUAGUAGUAAUAAAAAGAAGGAAGAAAAAGAAAUGAGUUAUGAAAAUGUGUUGGUUUUAGAGGAUUUAGGUGCUGAUUAUUUGGAGGAAAUUUUGAUGUUGUCUGAAAGCAAUUCCUAGUAGUAUAUAAUUAUGUUUUGGUGUUUAUUGUUUAAUUUUUUUUUAAAAAAAAUGGAAUUAAUUGAUCUUAGAUAUUGCACUA